AUGGGUCCAGGGAGACGGUGGCCCUUCCUCCUCCUCCUGGUGCUGUCCAGCACCGGGCUCCUCUCUCAACCCGUGGCCACCGUUACCAGGAACCCAGCCUGCGGCCUACGCCCCCUGAUGGGUGAGCCAGUGUCCAGCCGGAUCGUGGGGGGGCAGGACGCUCUGCCCGGCGCCUGGCCCUGGCAGGUCAGUGUCCAGUACAAACAGCGCAACGUCCAGCAGCACGUCUGUGGGGGAACCAUCAUCGCCGAGCGAUGGGUUCUCACUGCAGCUCACUGCUUCUGCGACAGGAUGAGUAACCAGUUCUCCUGGUUGGUGGUGAUUGGGCUUCAUCAACGGUCCCAGUUUGAUGCUCACGCCCGUGUGCUGGUGGUGGACAGGAUCCUACAACACAAGGAGUUCAACAGAGAGACGCUGGAACACGACGUGGCCUUACUGAGACUGCACAACGCCAUCGUCUACUCCCCAUAUGUCCAGCCCAUCUGCCUGCCCCACCCCCACCAACAACUGACCCAACUCAACCCCUGCUACAUCACCGGCUGGGGAGCGAGAGAGACCAAUGGUCCAUCAUCAGAUAUCCUGCAGGAGGCAGAGGUUGACCUGAUACCCAACAAAGUCUGUAACCGACACGACUGGUACAAUGGGAUCAUUACUCCGCGUAUGCGAUGUGCUGGCUUUGAGGCUGGACUGGUCGAUGGAUGUCAGGGAGACAGCGGGGGACCCCUGGAGUGCUUCGACCACCGGGACGCGCGCUUCUACCUGCUGGGCAUCUCGAGUUUCGGAUUGCAGUGCGGGCUGCCCCAGAAGGUGGGGGUCUACACCCGGCCGGGCGCUUACUUGGACUGGAUCCGUCUCACCCAGACCACGAACCGGGGAGUGCGCCUGGCCCCCUCGCCCCGCACCGGCUACGUCCUGGGGCUGAUCGCCGUCCGCAUGCUAGCCUGA